AUGGGCAUUGUGAAGAAGUUCCUCAAUCUUCACAUCCUCAAGCACAUCUCCACUGAACUGCACAAGCAGAUCCAGGCAGGCAACAAGUACAAGAUCAGCAAGAAGGCCUUCACCAAGCUCCUCAUUGCCUGCCAGAGACAUAUCCAGUUCCUGAGCAAGGCAAGAAAGGUGGCCACACACCUCACAGAUAGGGACUUUAUCCACCUCAAGAACAACAUAACUACUGGAGUGGGAUCAUCACAUCACCUGUGA